CCGAGCCCCCGGCCCCCGGAGUCUGAGCUGUGGGUACUACGUGCUCAGCGCUGCCCGACAGUUUCUAGCCAAACUUCCUCAACUCCGCCGCCUUUGCCGCCACCAUGCCCAAGACGAUCAGUGUGCGUGUGACCACCAUGGAUGCAGAGCUGGAGUUUGCCAUCCAGCCCAACACCACUGGCAAGCAGCUGUUUGACCAGGUGGUGAAAACUAUUGGUCUGCGGGAAGUUUGGUUCUUUGGUCUGCAGUACCAGGACACUAAGGGUUUCUCCACUUGGCUGAAACUCAAUAAGAAGGUGACAGCACAGGAUGUCCGGAAGGAAAGCCCCCUGUUCUUCAAGUUCUGGGCCAAGUUCUACCCUGAGGAUGUAUCUGAGGAAUUGAUCCAGGACAUCACCCAGCGCCUGUUCUUCCUGCAAGUGAAGGAGGGCAUUCUCAAUGAUGACAUUUACUGCCCACCUGAAACUGCUGUGUUACUGGCCUCCUAUGCUGUCCAGUCCAAGUAUGGUGACUUCAAUAAGGAAGUUCACAAAUCUGGCUACCUGGCUGGAGACAAGUUGCUGCCCCAGAGAGUCCUGGAGCAGCACAAACUCAACAAGGACCAGUGGGAGGAGCGGAUCCAGGUGUGGCAUGAGGAACACCGAGGCAUGCUUAGAGAGGAUGCUGUCCUGGAAUAUCUGAAGAUUGCCCAAGAUCUGGAGAUGUACGGUGUGAACUACUUCAGCAUUAAGAACAAAAAAGGAUCAGAGCUGUGGCUGGGGGUAGAUGCUCUGGGUCUCAACAUCUAUGAACAGAAUGACAGACUGACUCCUAAGAUUGGCUUCCCCUGGAGUGAAAUCAGGAAUAUCUCUUUCAAUGAUAAGAAAUUUGUCAUCAAGCCUAUUGACAAAAAAGCCCCAGACUUUGUCUUCUAUGCUCCCCGGCUGCGGAUUAACAAGCGAAUCUUGGCCCUGUGCAUGGGGAACCAUGAGUUAUACAUGCGCCGCCGUAAGCCUGACACCAUUGAAGUGCAGCAGAUGAAGGCACAGGCCCGGGAGGAGAAGCACCAGAAGCAGAUGGAACGUGCUCUGCUGGAAAAUGAGAAGAAGAAGCGUGAAAUGGCAGAAAAGGAGAAGGAGAAGAUUGAACGGGAGAAGGAAGAACUGAUGGAGAAGCUGAAGCAGAUCGAGGAACAGACUAAGAAGGCUCAGCAAGAACUGGAAGAACAAACCCGCAGGGCUCUGGAACUUGAGCAGGAACGGAAGCGUGCUCAGAGCGAGGCUGAAAAGCUGGCCAAGGAACGUCAAGAAGCUGAAGAGGCCAAGGAGGCCCUGCUGCAGGCUUCCCGGGACCAGAAGAAGACCCAGGAACAACUGGCUUCAGAAAUGGCAGAGCUGACAGCUCGGAUCUCUCAGCUGGAGAUGCGACAGAAGAAGGAGAGUGAGGCUGUGGAGUGGCAGCAAAAGGCCCAGAUGGUACAGGAAGACUUGGAGAAGACCCGUGCUGAACUGAAGACUGCCAUGAGUACACCUCAUGUGGUAGAGCCUGCGGGGAAUGAGCAAGAUGAACAGGAUGAGAAUGGGGCAGAGGCCAGUGCUGAUCUGAGGGCGGAUGCUAUGGCCAAGGACCGCAGUGAAGAGGAACGGACCACUGAGGCAGAGAAGAACGAGCGUGUGCAGAAACACCUGAAGGCCCUUACUUCAGAGCUGGCCAAUGCCCAUGAUGAAUCCAAGAAGACUGCCAAUGACAUGAUCCAUGCUGAGAACAUGCGACUGGGCCGAGACAAAUACAAAACCCUGCGCCAGAUCCGGCAGGGCAACACCAAGCAGCGCAUCGAUGAGUUUGAGUCCAUGUAAAGGGCACCCAGCCUCUAGGGACCCCUCCUCCCUUCUUCCUUUCCCUGACACUCCUUAUACUUUUGCCUAACUCACACUGUGCUGGAGCCACUAACUAGAGCAGCCCUGGAGUCAUGCCAAACAUACAGUGCAGCCAUGGGACCAAACCUAGCACCUCAGUUCCCACUCAUUUCCCUGGGCAGUCAAAUAGCCCAAUGUGGUGCCAAUGGGACCCUGUUUCCCCUCUCUGUUCCAUUUAAUCUAGUUUGCUAGAACCAACCACUUCCCCAGUUCAGAGGCACUUUCACUUCAGUUGGCAACUGCCCACCCCCCACUUACUAUUGUCCUUUGGAAGUCAAAUGUGGAGUGUGGUGAAAGCUAGCUCCUCUCCCCUACCCCACCACUGACUUCCUCUUCCAUA